AUGAGAAACCACACAGCGAUAACCACCUUCAUCCUCCUGGGGUUAACAGAUGACCCAGAAAUGCAGAUUGUGAUUUUUGUAUUUCUAUUAAUCGCCUACAUGUUGAGUAUAACAGGAAACCUGACCAUCAUCGUCCUUACAUUAGUGGAUUCCCACCUUAAAACUGCAAUGUACUUUUUUCUCCAGAAUUUUUCCUUCUUAGAAAUUUCAUACACUUCUUCCUGCAUUCUUAGAUUCUUGUACAGUCUAUCAACCGGUGAUAGGACAAUUACCUAUAGUGCUUGUCUAACCCAAUUAUUUUUUAUAUAUGUGAUUGCCAUAGCACAAUUUUUCCUCCUGACCAUCAUGUCCUAUGAUCGGUACGUGGCCAUCUGCAAACCCCUGCACUAUGUGACCAUCAUGAACCCCAGGUUCUGCAAAACGCUUGUCUUCUGCUGCUGGAUGAUCGCUUUGUUGCUGAUAUCCCCACUACUUAUUUUGGUAUCGGGCCUGGAAUUCUGUGACUCCAAUGCCAUCGACCACUUUGGCUGUGAUGCUAAUCCUCUGAUGAAGAUCGCAUGCUCAGAUACUGGGCGCUUAGAGCAGAUGGUUAUUGUCUGUGCUGUGGUGACCUUUAUCUUGACCCUAGUGUGUGUGAUUCUGUCCUAUGUUUAUAUCGUCAGAACAAUUCUAAGGUUCCCAUCAGCCCAGCAAAGGAAGAAGGCAUUUUCCACCUGCUCUUCCCACAUGAUUGUGCUUUCCCUUUCCUAUGGCAGCUGUAUCUUCAUGUAUACCAGACCUUCAUCAAAAGAUGACAUGACCAUGAAUAAAAGAAUUUCAUUAUUAAAUAAUUCCAUUUCCCCCAUGUUGAACCCAUUUAUUUAUACUCUGAGGAACAAACAAGUGAUACAAGCCUUUAACGACUUAGUCACAAAAUUGUACCCCUGUCAAGGAAGUAGUGGAAAGUUGAAGUAA